AUGCAUAUAAAUGGAGGGGCGAAGUUGAAGAGUUUGAAAAGUGCUAGCAGUGUCUCAUUGUCACACGAAGAUUUUGAGAGGCAGAAUACUGUCAAAUGCGGCUUGCAGAGGACUUUUGGAAAUCCAACUCCUGUUGGUCUCUUAGGUAUCCUUUUGAGUGCAACUCCUCUGUCUUGUGAUCUUAUAGGGUGGCGCGGAGCCGGAGGAAAUGGUAAUGCUUCGAUUGGCGCAUACAUAUUCUUCGGCGGUCUCCUCUUAAUAAUCAGCGGCCUCCUUGAGUUCGUGCUCGGAAACACAUUUCCCUUCGUUGUAUUUUUGUCCUUUGGAGCCUUUUGGCUCUCAUACGCCAUAACCCUACAACCGAGUUAUAAUGCGUACACAGCAUAUGCACCCGAUAAUUCCACAUCCUCAUCAGCCGGCCUUGCAAGCAAAGGUUUCAAUGCUAGUUUCGCUUUUCUCCUGCUAUUCAUGGCAGUACUCUGCCUAGUCUUUCUUAUCUGCUCUCUUCGAACGAAUAUCGUUUACGUCGUGGUCUUUACUACUCAAGUCGCUGUGUUUGGUCUUCUUACUGGCAUGCACUUUCAACUUGCAUCUGCCGGUGUUGUAAUGCUUGUGAGUACAAUGGCAAUAUGGUGGAUCUUCUUCGCCACUAUGCUUGAGGCUCUCGAUUUCCCAUUCCAAAUUCCUGUUGGUGACAUAUCAUGGAUGAUUAAAGGGGCCAGCUCUCUCUUAGAGGACAACAGUUUGGCGUAG